AUGGAGGGUCGCGGGCUAGUGCUGGGCUGGGGGCCUCGGAGUAGCAAGGACUCGCCCUUCUUGGAGCGGUUGUGGCCUGCCAUGCUGGCCGGGGCGGCCUGCGGGCGCGGGCUGCUGGUGGACAGCACAGUGCUGGAUACGAUGCUGGACGGCUGUGCCAGGGACUGCCUGAGCUCCCGCCGCCGGCGUAAAGAGCUGGCCGCCGCCCUCACCGUCAUGGUGGAGACUGACGAGGAUCCGCCGGCGGCGUCCUCAGCCCUACUGGAAGCUGCGCUGGAGUACCACGCGGCACGCCUCGCCGACAACGGAGGCGUGUGUCGCCUGGGCAAGUUUCACAACAUUCUGUACGUGGCGGCGGCCGUGGCAGUGGAGCAGGCCGUGGUGGACAGUGCGAUGGUGGGACGCCUGCUGGCGGCGCUGCACGCGUGUGAGGGCGGCUUAGACCGCCUGGUAGCGCCAGCUGUGUUGGGGCCGCGCGUGUCGCGUCUCCUCAGCUCGUGGCGGUCUGACGACGACACGCCCGAGGAAGCGCGCCUUCGCCUUGUCUUCUUCCUGGAUCACGCCCGCCAGGUGCGGCUCACCUUGCCACAGCCCGGCGCCCCUGCUCUGCCUGUUCUGACGGCCCCCCUACCCACGCUGCAGGGCGCGCCGCCCCUGUACGCUGCUGUGCAGGCUGGGGACGAGGAGGCAGUGCUGCUGCUGCUGCAACACGGGGCGCCGCCAGCCACGGGCGGGGCACUGUGCCCGUUGCUGCUGGCACUACGACGCCUGUCCGCCCUGGCGCGAGCAUGCAUGGGUCAGAGGGACCCCUGCUCCUGCUCUCACGACCUCUGUCCUUGUUUCUUCAGCUUCCCCCUCAUUUUCCCGCCUCAGGAGGUGGGCGUGCUGCGCCUGCUGCUGCGGGCAGUGGGUGGGCGAUGUAUACCCGCGGAUCCCACAGUAAUACACCCGCGGGUGGUGAGUGAUGGCUUGCUAGGCACCACGCCCCGCCUCGCCCACUGGGCGCGAUACAGACUUCGGGCAACCCUCGCCGCUAACUGGGCACUGCCUCACGGCACCACCAAGCUGCCCGUGCCCUCUGCAGUGUUGCCCUACCUCAAUCUUCUCCUCGAUUGA